AUGGGCGUCAGCAGCGUGUAUCACGACUAUUCGUCUUUCCACAACGGAACAACAUUUGCAUCGGCAUUUGACAACUUCAACCAAUUACCCGAACUCAACUUUGUAGAGAAAGUAUGGGGAAGCUACUACUACUACAUGGGUAACGACUUAUUUGCUACUGGUUUACUUUUUUUCUUGACGCACGAGUUGUUUUAUUUCGGAAGAUGCUUACCUUGGGUGAUUAUCGAUAGGAUACCCUACUUCAGGAAGUGGAAGAUUCAAGAUGAGAAGUUGCCCAGCGACAAGGAACAGUGGGAAUGCUUAAAGUCGGUGUUGACGUCGCAUUUCUUGGUGGAGGCGUUCCCCAUUUGGUUUUUCCACCCCUUGUGUCAAAAGAUUGGUAUCAGUUUCCAGGUCCCCUUCCCCAAGAUCACCGAGAUGUUGUUCCAAUGGGCCUUGUUUUUCGUGUUGGAGGAUGCUUGGCACUAUUGGCUUCACCGAGGUUUGCACUAUGGUGUCUUUUACAAGUACAUCCAUAAACAACACCACAGAUACGCAGCGCCAUUUGGCUUGACUGCAGAAUACGCCCACCCUAUUGAAGUUGCGCUCUUGGGCAUGGGCACUGUGGGUAUCCCCAUUGUGUGGUGUAUUUUCACCGGUAAUUUGCAUUUGUUCACCGUGUCAAUUUGGAUCAUUUUGAGAUUGUUCCAGGCUGUUGAUGCUCAUUCCGGUUACGAGUUUCCUUGGUCAUUGCACAAUUUCUUGCCCUUUUGGGCAGGUGCCGACCACCACGAUGAACAUCACCAUCACUUUGUCGGUAGCUAUGCUUCGAGUUUCAGAUGGUGGGAUUACUUUUUAGAUACCGAAGCUGGUCCAAAGGGUAAGGCUAGAAGAGAAGGCAAAAGCCUCGCGUCUGGAUCAAAAGCUCAAAAAUUGGAGAAAAAGACAGUAUAA